GCCAUCGACCCCCAAAGCCAAUAUUAACUCAGGGGCCAGAUGGCCCCUUACUCCAGAAGCUUCCCCGUGCACAGGAGCCGUUCCUCAUUCUGCCGCCUCAUGAGAACGUAUUCAUUAUUACAGGACUAAUACAAGACCUGAAGACCAGGGGGAACAAGGAAACGGGAAACCACAAACGUGAGAAAACGGUUUAAUAAGGAGUACAGUGAGAGAGCAUCUCGUCACAGUUGACGUGCACCGAGGACCAGGUCGACCCCUGCCAUCCCCUGCCACUCCCCAUGACCGUGCUGGUGCUGCAGGUGCUGGGCCUGACGCUGGGCGUGCUGGGCUGGUGCAUGGAGUCCAGCUGCACCAGCUCCCACUCCUGGCGCGUGGGCAGCCAUGUUGAAGCAGUCAUGACCAGCAGCUGGGUCUUUGAAGGCCUGUGGAUGUCAUGUACAUCAAACUCUAUGGGAGCCGUGCAGUGCAAUAAAUACAAGACCGUGCUGGGCUUGCCAGGCUAUGUUCAGGGAUGUCGCGCCUUAAUGAUUAUCGCCCUGCUCCUCGGCCUGGCAUCCAUCAUCGUGGCGGUGCUGGGACUCAAGUGCACUAAAUUAGGAAACACGUCCCGAGAGGCCAAGGGCAAGAUCGCCUUAACGGGAGGCAGUUUGUUUAUCCUGUCAGGCUUGUGCACUUUAUCUGCUGUGUCCUGGUAUGCUUCACGCAUUGUGCAAGAAUUUUAUGAUCCUUUCUACGGAGGCACAAAAUUUGAGCUGGGCACUGGGCUUUACAUGGGCUGGGGGGCCGCUGCUCUCGCCAUGCUGGGAGGAGGCAUGCUGUGCUGUUCAUGUAAGAUGGGAGCAUCAUCGAUACCACAAGGGGGUUACAGCUAUAAUUACUCAGCACAAGGAACGGCGAAGACAAUCUACCGGACAGCCCCAAUGUCUGAAUCGGGAAGCACUAAGGCUUAUGUCUAACAAUGCUUUGAAGAACCUCUGCUAUUGUAUGUCAAGACUGGUUUAAGGAAUGUGUAGCCUCGCUGUCUUUUUAUUGUUACUUUGCGUGUACAGUGUGACCUCAUUUGUGUGUGUUGGUACGAGCAAUUCAUUUAGCAUUACUACUGUGAUUUUGUAGAUAAUGGAUUUAUUGUGGAAUUGUGUCUUUCUGUGUGUCUUGCUGAAUAAAUAAACUAUUUGUAUUCAAACAUACAUCAAUCCCA